AAGAGGUGGGGGAUUGGGGUCCUCUGAGUCACUGCUGUCUGCAGUUGGUGGUGGUCCUGGGCAUACGCAGGAUUUGGCACUACUAAAUUUGGGCGCUAGUGGUGCUCCAAAUUGAGUGGGUGCCCUAUGCAGCUGUGUAGGCUGGGUCUGCCUAAAGAUAGCCCUGCACCCCACAGAAAAUAUGGUCAGACCAUGUAUGUGCAAAAGUUGGCUUGGAGCAUUGAGAAAACAUUGUGUCUCAUUGUAGUAUAGUUAUAAUGCACUUGAAUUGGCAGGCUGGAGUAACAUUGUUUUAUGUAAUCUUUCUGAGACAGGUGUUGAAGGGUGCAUAUUUUUAUGGAGAGGGAAAGGAAAUAUUAUUCAAAAAUUAAUCAUGAUCCAUCUAAAUAAAUUAACAAAGAGUGGAAUUUGUCAAUGAGCCCAUGUUCUGGCAAAAUAUAAUCUUGAUUUGAUGAAGAUGGAGUGACAGCUACCUUGGUGGUCACUUAUGAGGAACAUUAAUUUACUUCCAUUAUGUUUCAGCUAGUCAUUUUUUUCCAAGCAAAAUUACUGCAGCAAAGGACAAUGCAUAUAUAUUGAAGAAAAAAAAAAGUAAAUUAUUUCCCGAGCCUGACCUCAGCAAGAAACCUCUUCCUUCCCCCAAGCCAGCUAUGAUACAAAUGUCAUAAAAUCUUUCCACAUGUCCCAGUUGUAUUCAAAUGAACUCUGAGAUAGGUUUGAAGCAGUAAUCAGAUAUGUUUCCUCCAAAAAAGUGGGACUGAAUUUCACCUUGUUCUUUUCAAAAUGUUUUCUUUUGGUGAGACAGUUGAGUUAUAUUUGUUUGGUCUUUCUCCACAGGAUGCCUGCUAGUGAAGGGUGACAUUGUUGGUUGUACAUUCCAGCUUUUAAUUUUUUGGAUCAGUGACCCAUAGCUCCCUUUGUUGGUAUUUUUUGGGAAGGGAAUAGAUCAGAGUUAGUGCUUUGUCUAAUGUAUUAAAUAAAAUCCUUCACCCAUUACCAUCAAACCUGAAAGAUAUGGACUCAGAACAAAGAAGAUGGACCAUUAACUUACAAUAUUUAUUUUGAAAUUGAUGGAUGCAGAUUAAAGUGUACCUCUUUCCAGUGAAAGAGGAAACCUUACCCAGAAUUUUUAGUGUAAACAUUAUUCUUUGAUUGUGGAAGGGAGUAAAACACAUUGUAUUAUGGUUUGGUGUUAGAGACGACUUUAAAGAAGAGUUGACCUUGACCUUGAGAGCUUGGUCAUAGUAAGCCAUUUCCUGGAGUAGCUCCUUUAUGCAGCCAGUGGAACCAUGCCAGGGUGCAGCUGGUUCAGUUAGUUUUGUUGAUCCCAUUUGUGAAGUGAAGCAUUUCUCAUUUGUUUAACGUUUUGUAAAGCAGCUCUGACUGCCUACUAGGUGUGUCCAUGGAAAAUUCAAAGCAGGAAUAUAAAGCAAAAUGAGGCAGCAGGUCUCAGAAUUCUUCUUACUAUUCAACAUUUUAGUUAGCUCUAUGAUUUGCCAAAAAGGCUAAAAACCCCUGUGUUUUUAAAGAGGGGUGUUCAAUGGCCUUUCACAUUGGCACUAAUGAAGAAGAUGAUCCAAGUACUUCUUCAAGACUGUCUCCCUUGCAUUUCAGAAAAUGUUAAAGGCACAUGGACGUUUACAGUUGGAGGACAGAUGCAGGAAGGGGGAAGUGAAUGUGUCUAAGGGGAGAGAGACGCACAAGAGAGAUAAAACAAUUGAACAUCACAAGUGGCUCAAUCCUGAAAAAAUGAUGCUGGAUGAACAGUGGAUUAGAACUAAAUCUUAAAAGGGAAAUAAUAUCUUAGUGUAACAAUUGUCUUCACUUUCAAAUUCAUCAUGGCCAAAAUCCUCUGGCUGGACGGCUGAAGUGAUUGUCGCACGUUUGCUGUCUGCGCUCAGUGCAUAUCCCUUGUGCCUACGGCUCAAAGAACCUGGGAGCAGGUGGGAAUUGGAUGAUGCCAAAUGCUGGAAUGGGGAGAGAAAUGGACUGUGACAAGCUAAGAUGGAAGUGACUUGACAGCUUCAAGCCCAGCAGUUGCCUCUAGUAAAGGACAGGUUAAGAUUGGAAUCACAAGCUUCGCUGGGAGAGCAGUAUGCAGGAAGCUGGUUUUCAGGCCACAAAUGCUUUCACGGAGUGCAAAUUCACCUGCACCAGUGGUAAAUGCUUGUAUCUUGGUUCGCUGAUUUGUAACCAACAGAAUGACUGUGGGGAUAAUAGUGAUGAAGAGAACUGUCUACUUGUAACAGAGCAUCCACCUCCAGGCAUCUUCAGCUCUGAACUGGAGUUUGUUCAAAUAAUCAUUAUAAUCGUUGUGAUAACUGUUAUGGUGAUAGUGAUCAUCUGCCUGUUGAACCAUUACAAACUCUCAACACGCUCCUUCAUUAACCGACAGAGCCAAAACAGGAGGCAGGAAGAAACUUUGCAGCCGGCUUGUCUCUGCUACCUGGAUGGGGGAAAGGCACCAAAGGCAAUGGGAUCAAAGUGUCAAUCAAAGAGAAGGGCCAAAUUGCCACUGACUUCAUCGAGGCUAGAAUUGUAUUCCAAGCGUUUGACACUUAGGGUAUGUCUAGACCACAUCUCUCUGUCGCCAGAGGGAUGUAAAUUAGGCAUACCGAAAUUGCUAAUGAAGUGGGGACAAAAAGGGGCGGCCGUUUUUAUGCGAAUGAAGCACGGGAUAUUUAAAUCUCUGCUUCAUUAGCAAUGUUAGUAUGUCUAAUUUAAAUCCGUCUGGUGACAGAGGGAUGCAAUCUAGACAUACUCUUAGACCGAAGAUCCCACAUGUUACCCUGCUGUGUAUCGUCUGUCUUCUGGAGCUCCUCUAGUGGUGAAAGGAGAGCUCAGUACCUGUGCCCA